AUUUAUACUCUUCAACUCUUCUCAAAUUCAGCUGUUUCUUCUGUGCUUUUAAGCCGCUUCGUUCCCUUUUUGUUGGAUUGGCUAGAUGGCGCUAUGUGGGAUUGGUUCCAGUCCGGGUUUGGAGGGUGUUGAGAGAUGGAGUUUAAGUGGGAAUUUGUCGACAAGGCUGAUUAGUAGGCAGUUUAGUGGGAAGUCAAAGUCUUGUGUGAUGUUUCAGAUGAGAAGUUUUGGAGUUCAGUGUUCAUUUUCGAGGAAGGUUGUCUCUCGAGUUGAAUCUGAGGUUGUUUCUGUGGAGGAAGAAGAGUCAGGGCAUGUUAUGAGGUUCAAGAUGUCUGAUUUCAAGAUUCUUGAUCGUGUUAGCCUUGGCCUUGCUGGGCGGGCUGAUGAGGUUGUUUUUGAAGCCAUUGUGAAUGAUUCUAACAGCCCUUUGUAUAACACAAGAGUUGUGCUUCGAAGACUUACUAGUUUUCACGCUCAGCGUAGGGGCAGAAGAGCAAUAGAGGUAUUGAAGAAGCUUGCUCGUCGUAGACUUAUGUAUCAUUCUUAUUCAAUGCAAGUUCAUGGCCAUGUCUCUUCACACAAAAGUAAUGGUCGUGGCUCAUUUACUCUUGUUCAUGGGUAUCAUGGCAGUUUUUCUUUACGACAUUGGCUUCAACAAUCAGAUUGGCUUCCAACCUUAGAAGCUACUCUUGCAUUGGAUGAGGAGGAGUCCGUCCGGAGGGUGGGAGAUGACUCAGUUGGAGGACCUGCUGUUUCUCGGCAGUUGCGACUUAUUCGAAUACUAAUGAGGGAUCUUCUAAUUGGAGUGAAUUACUUGCACAGCCACGGACUUGCCCAUACAGAGUUGAGGCUGGAGAAUGUGCACAUAAGCCCUGUAGAUAGACAUAUUAAAGUAGGAAUACUGGGAAAUGCUGCUGACUUUUAUGAGGAUGGUCCAAACAGUAGCACAUUGGACAACAACAUGGACAGGCGACGAAUGAUGAUUGCAUUUGACAUGAGAUGUGUUGGAUUCAUGAUGGCAAAAAUGGUGUUGCGUGAACUUAUGGAUCCCUUAAUCUUCACAAAGUUCAAAUCAUUCCUCACACAGGGAAAUGAUCCUUCAUGCUUGCGUGAAUUUCUCUUGCAAGUCCUCAAUAGGAAUUCUCCAUCUGGAAAUGCUGGACUUCAGAUACUUGAUAGGAACUGGGGAGCAGGUUGGAACCUUCUCUCUUUGUUGCUUGCAACUAAGCCUUCUAAAAGAAUAAUUUGCUUAGAUGCUCUUAGACACCCAUUUCUAUGUGGACCUAGAUGGCGAGUAGUCCCAUCCAUGGAUAUGAUCAGGUGGGGUCUUGGGUCAACUGCAGUGAGAAUCACAGAGGAGUACAUCUAUCGCCAGCCUCAGCGUGCUAGGCUUGCGCACUUCAUUGAACUAAUGGAAAUACUGAAUCCUCAUUCAAAGCCAAAGAAUUGGCUGGAAUUCCUACCAGGAAAGUGGCGUCUAUUAUACUGUACAGGGAGGCACGUAGGAUUGACCGUUCGCCAACCUCCUGCACGUGUCCUUCUUGGUGAUGUGCAUCUAACUAUUGUAAGAGCAACAAAGGCAAACACGAGCCUUUUGCUCACCUCUGAUAUUGGCUUCGGAGUCAUGAUGGGUCAAGAUUGGCCCCAUGACAAGACUGGUAUAACUGGAAAAAUGGAAAUAAACUCCUUAUUUAGAUUAACAGCAGGAAGACGGCUGUAUCUCAAGGAAGAAAAAACUACAGGGAGAUUAUCCUUGAGUCAGUCAAAUGCCCGCAAUUCCUUAGUUCAGAAAUUAUCAGGUAGCAGAUGGAAGAAAGCACUCCCCUUUAAGGAGAUCCCAUCAAGCCUUCCGGUGGUCAAGCUUGUUUCUGGCGACAUUGAGGUGACAAUGAGUCUCGACCACCCAUUAAAUCAAAAUGUUGAUACUGCAAGAAAUGUAGUUCAAGAAGUUCAGACACAAGUUCCACCAGAAAUGUUUGAUUUGGCGAAGUUUGUUUGUGGAACAUAUAUCGACUCGAGGCUGUUAGUCCUUCGUGGGGUGAAUGGUUCAGCUCUCUUGUUUACAAGGUCUCCUGUAAAUGAAAGUUGUAGAUAAAAAUUUGUUGUAUUGUGAUUAUCAUAUUCAAUUGUACUAGUAGAUGGGUUGUAUCAUAAGGGUUCCAUGUGUUACCUCUUCAAGAUCAGAGACAAGAGAGUAGAACGUUGAUUUUCACAGAAAUUAAUAAAAUUAUACAACAUUUCGUUUGUAA